AUGUGUUACUGUAGUUAGGGGUAUUUUUGUCCUCAAGAAAAGUUGUUGAGCCCACAGGUCCCAAAAAGCAAUUGAACAGGCACUAUAUUUGGGGGCUAAUAACGCCCACAAGACUUAACCACCAGAAAGAGAGGCCUUCUUCUUUAGCUUCAUUGUCGCCUAUUUUCCUACUCGGCGAAAAGAAAGCUUCUUGUUCUGCUGUGAUAAUGGCGGCAGCGAAAACAUGGGUGGCUUUGGUUUUAGUAGUUUCAAUGAGCCUCGGUGGGAAAUGGGUUGGAGCCCAGGUGCACCAUGUGGUUGGAGAGGAUCGUGGCUGGGACCCUUCAACUGAUGUGGCUUCAUGGUCCUCCGGCAAAACUUUCAGGGUCGGAGACAAAAUUUGGUUCGCAUACUCCGCUGCACAUGGGAGAAUAGCUGAGCUCAAGACUAAGGAGGAAUUCGAGUCAUGUAAUAUCAACAAUCCAAUCAAAAUUUACGAGGAUGGUAUAUUUAGCAUAAUGCUGGAAGGGGAAGGGAUCCGCUAUUUCGUGAGUAGCAACUCUGAGAGCUGUAAGAAGGGACUCAAGCUACCUGUGGAGGUGAUGCCUCAUAAACCACAUGAUACCCCAAAAGUCGCCACAUCUGAAAGCGCAGCCUUGGGUCUAGCUACUGGGCCCACUCCCUCUGGGUCGGCCCAUCUUAGAGCCCGCUUUGUGUUAUUAGUUGCUGGGUAUUGGCUACUCUAUAUGUUUAUUUAGGGGCCUGUUUGUUUACUAGGUUUAGGCCUA